AUGGCUGCUGCGAUCGAGUGGUCGUCUUCUGGAGCGUUCUGGUUGGCAAUGUACUUUGUGUUGAACCUCGCAUUGACACUGUACAACAAGAUUGUGCUUAACCACUUCCCCUUCCCGUAUACGCUCACCGCCUUACAUGCACUGUGCGGAACCGUCGGGACCUUUGUGCUUCUUCAUUGGAACCCAUCGAUAGUAUUCCUGAAGGACUCGUUGAGAGGACGGAGGAGGUCGAACCCGACCAACAAUCUACGGGUUCUAACGGAUGCUUCUCAGGAUGUGCCUUCGGACCCUCUCAUCCCCCCGAUUCCGACGCUGCGAGGAAAGGAACUCGUCGUGCUGUUCCUCUACAGCAUUCUGUACAGCCUCAACAUCGUGGUCAGUAAUGCGUCAUUACGGCUUGUGACUGUUCCGUUUCAUCAAGUGGUCCGCGCUUCCGCCCCGCUCUUCACGGUUGCACUAUCCGCUAUCCUGCUCGGAAAGUACAGCAGUAGAGCUAAACUGAUAACCCUGAUCCCUGUCACAGCGGGAGUGGGAUUGGCGACGUACGGAGAUUACUACUUCACACCGCGCGGCUUCUUCCUCACCUUAUUCGGAACCUUACUCGCUGCGCUCAAGACGAUCACCACCAACCUGCUUCAAAAGCGAAGCACGUCCAAUACAGAGCCAGGGAAGUACCCUCCAACGCUGUCCCCUGAGUCCGCGCCUUUCAAGUUCCCUCCGCCUCCAUCAAGACCAUGGGUUCAAGUGGGCAUAGUCGAAACGGAGAAAGGCGCCAUUGCAUUGGAAACCAUUGAUGAGAAAGGAGACAAGAUACCAAGCGACUCGCUACUUCAAACAGAGCCCCUCCUCCAGGAAACCAACCCCGCUGGCUCCGCGGGCGCUCCUCCACCUAGUACACGUAACACCCUAAUGGACUACAUUCUACCAACGCGACGACACCGCGCAAGACUGCAUUCCCACUCGCCUAUCUCAAUUCAGCCUACCAGCUCCUACUCCCUAUCAUGGAACCGCAUUCGCCUGGCUGCGAUCGCGAAGCUAGACCUCCCCAAACUGUCACUAACGCCACUCCAACUACUUUACCUCCUAUCGCCCAUCGCCUUUAUCCAAACCACUCUCCUAGCGCAUUUCUCCGGGGAGCUAGACAGUGUUAGCGUGCACUUGAGUAGGGUGACGGAGGAGUAUGUUAGGAGGAAUGUGGCGCUGGAGGGGAGUGUUGUUGGGAGGGGCUGGGCUGGGUUGAGUGGGUCGCCGAGGUUGUGGUUGGUGAUGAACGGAGUGCUGGCGUUCAUGCUCAAUGUUGUGAGUUUUAACGCGAACCGCAAGGUUGGAGCUCUUGCGAUGAGCGUAGCCGCGAAUGUCAAACAAGUUCUGGCUGUGCUCUGUUCAGUGACAUUGUUCAAUCUGACGGUUACUGUUAUGAAUGGAGCGGGGAUUUUCUUGACGUUGGUCGGUGGUGCGUGGUAUGCUGCUGUGCAGCUCCAGGAGAGGAAGGGGAAUCGAUAG